AUGAAUGUCUCAAUCCAGUAUUUCUGCGACCAUUGCACUGGUGCAGUUCCCAUGCGAUCAGACUCCAAGCCUGAUUAUAGACCACUCGCCAGUCUAUGUCGCACAUCUCGAUCCCUUAGAGCUGCCGCACAGCCACUUCUAUUUCAUUUCUUCUGGUGCAAAUACGGUCAACCAGAACACUGUUUGGGUCUAUUUUCGAGGUCUCUAAGUGAGAGACCUCGCUUAGCGGAUUACAUUCGGCGUAUUCACUACCGACCGGAACCUUGGGGCGGCAGUGGCUAUAUUAGCUCGUCUAUGGGCCCGGGUACCGAAUUAUACUCGAACCCCUUCGAAGUUGACACCUUUAGGCUCCAUCGCUCUCUAUUCGAUAAAGUAUUAUCGCAAGCACGACUCCUACAAGACUUAACUGUCCAUAUCGAGCAAAACUGGCGUCUCCCUGCUAUCGAUCUUCAUCAUUUGAAGCGUCUGCAUCUUAUUCGGCUCGACCCCGAUAUUUGGCAUUGGAAAGUUAAGGGACCAAAUCAUCCCCAAGACCAAAGGGGUCUGAAAGCAGCGCCACAGCUCGAGCGAUUGUGGUUAGAGAGGUGGAGCAUAUCGGACGUUGCUCACCGAAAUAUUUCGGAUCUAGUGUCUAAUAUUCACCAGCUCACUAUUAGUCCCGAAAGCCAGAAUGACUUGAGCCAAGUUUCUGACGUUGACAGGGUAGCCUUUGCUGUAGAUCUACCAAAGCUCUAUACGUUCGAAUUCAUCGAGGACAUUCACUCGCUGCGGAGAGAAAUAGAGCUUUUAUCAUUACUCCUUCCAAUGAGAGAAAACCUAACUAGUAUUUCUAUCCAAUCCUGGCGCGUCGAGAUCGAGUUUGGUUUACUCUGCGAGUUUACAAAUCUUAAACACCUUCGCCUUUAUACUAUGAUACGAGACAUACUUAGAGCUAAGGAUGAGAGCAUUUCCAAAAUGACAACAGAUCCCCUUGCAUUUCCUCGAUCACUAGAGGCGCUUCACCUUGGUUUAUGGGGUGCAGAUCAAGGUUGGAUUAUCAUCUGGCUGAGCCAGAGGCUGUCCACGUACCACAACCUAGUAUAUGUAAAAUGCACCGAGGUCAAUUAUAUAGACUCAAUUCAGACUGCCAAGAACGGCAAAUUCAGAGAUUAUGGCGUAUAUGAAAACUUUGCAGGAGCAGGGGUAUUGUUUGUGGCCGUGGAAAAGAAGAUCGAAUAUUCUCCAGUACGGGACCUUGGAGCGUUCAGUGGAUUUUGGGCAUAGAUAUAGACUAUAUCAUUGCUCUUGCUCAGUACGAAUUUCCUCAGUACGAAAGGUGCUGCGCGUCGAUGUAAAAUUAACAGUCCAUUAGGGACUAUAUAUUAGAUGAGACGAG